AGUAAUGUCGAAGAUUUGGUCCAUCUAUCGCACUUGCACGAAGCAGCACUUCUGCAUGUAUUGCAGGAAAGAUUCGCAGCAGAUCAGAUCUACACUUUUACUGUUAUGGCUUUGGUUAUCCUUAUCUUGUGAUUCUUUUUGGACUUGAUGACUCCCAACGCAGAGAGACAUCGACGUGUUUCUGGUGAUGCUGAAUUUUCAUACUUGCUAAGAAUCAGAGAAAAAUAUCCCGCUCGUACUCGAUCUUUCAACAUCGAAAUCGAGAUAUGAAUACUCAUUCCCAAAAUCCUUACGCCCACUCUAAUCUGCGAUCCAUCCUUCUCGCCGUGAACCCUUUCAAGCAGAUCCCGAACCUCUACUCUCCGGAGUUAAUGCAUUCGUAUCUGACCUACGAACCCUAUGUGGUAGACCUAGACACAGGCUGUGGAGCUGGCGACGCACGAAACUCGCAUCGUCCAAGUGCUCGAGUGAGUAUAUCCAGCAAUGCGGCUUUGCUUGACGUUGCGCGACUGUCCGACAGAGGCUUGUUGGACAAGGCAUUGGAUAGGGUGUCGGGAACGAAAGAAGGUAGCAUCAAGCAAUGGUUACACCUGCAAGAAGUUACAUAUGACAUAAGUACAAGCAAGGUUAUUAACAAGCAAUACUUACAAGAUGUUCCAUGUUGCUCUUAAUACUGCAUAAGUAUCUACUCGUAAACCAUUUCCAUUAGCAUUAACACGAUAGUGCUUCACUUGUUAGUAUGAGGCGUUUGCCACGACAUUCUCCAGUCUGACUGCCUCCACUUUUCGUAUGAAUCUCCGGACAGGCAAGCAAAUGGGAAUCCGCGCCUCUAUCUCCAAGAAAGCUUGGGUCCCAAGCACCUACGCCACAGCCGCGAGAGCCUAUAAGGGCAUUUUGGAUAGUAAGAAGAGUCAAGUGGUCUUGAUCAGUGGUGAGUCCGGGUCUGGCAAAACCGAGACAACGAAAUAUGUCAUUUAAGGCCUUCCACUUUGCAAUCUAUCCUGCAGACUAGUGCCAUUCUUGACUUGUUUUCCAAUACAUAGGAAAGAAACCAAAGAUGUUGGUUCUUGUUUCGCAAUACAUAGGAAAGAAGUCAAGGUUGUUCUUGUUCGGAAGAUGAAUGCAAUUAUACCGCAAGAGCGACUAAGUUAUGCGCUUCCUCGUCCAGGCAGGGCCACUACUACAGUGCAACGUGUUGCAUGGUGGAUCGCCGGCGAAGAACACUGCCAGCGGGUCGAUCUUAUCUGGUGCCGGCGCGUCGAUCAUAUCAACAGCAGGAAUAUCGACAUCGGGAGGAUCGAUCACAGGGUCACUUUUAUGAGCAGGCUAGUGAUAUUGAUACUUGAGGAUAAGGCAAGGCCUAAGGCGUUGCCUUGUCUAAUAGUUAUGAUGACUAUAAUUUGAUUAUACAUAUAGUAUCUCUGCACAGAUCUUUCUGCGAGAUUCAUUGAUGUAUUGCAGUUCUGUCCAGUGCUCCAUUGUGUUUCUUCCACUGAAUGGAUUGGAGUAAGUACAAAAAUCAGGUAUGAUAAAGCCUUUUCGUAGCCCUCUACAACGACCAUAAGAAAGACAUAGACCGAACAGCACACUCAUGACGAUCACAUCUACCCUUCAUACCCUUUCGAGCCUCGCAGACGAAGACGGACAAAUUGGGACAAGGUUCGCCGUGCUGUCCAGUCCCUUGGCUCCCAUGUAGACAACCAAGUUUUACAGACGAAUCCACUGCUAGAGGCCUUUGGGAACGCCAAGACCUUGAGGAACGACAACAGCAGUCGGUUUGGGAAGUUCAUAGAACUGCAGUUUCGCCAAACCAGACUUAGUGGAGCAAGAAUUCUCACUUAUCUGCUGGAGAAAGUGCGGGUAACAAAGCAGAUGCCGGGAGAGCGGACGUUUCAUAUCAUGUAC